AUGUCUGCUACGAAAUGGGAUGCCAGAUUCGCUGGCCCUGUCCCCCAUGAUUCCUCUUACUACGCAAAAGCCUUGUUAGGAGGUGCCUUGGCCUGUGGUAUCACACAUGCAGCCAUCACUCCUCUUGAUGUUGCCAAAUGUAACAUGCAGGUGGACCCUAAAAAAUACAACGGCCUUGUCCCAUCUCUGAGGACUCUCGUGGCCGAAGAAGGUUCCAAAGGUGUUUUGAAGGGUUUUGGACCCACUUUGGUCGGGUAUUCGCUCCAAGGAAUGUUCAAAUAUGGUCUUUAUGAAAUCUUCAAAGAUUUCUACAUGAAUCUGGCCGGAGAGGAGCUUUCCGAGAAAUAUAAACCCGCUAUUUGGCUAGUGGGUUCUGCUUCCGCAGAAGUCUUCGCUGAUAUCGCCCUGUGCCCACUCGAGAUGACCAAAGUCAAAAUUCAGACCAGCCCAACUGGUACCUUUCCUAUCCCUUUUGUUGCCGCCUUGAGAGAAAUGCAACGUACCAAGCUUGAAACCCGAUACCCAUUCGGUUCUCUUGUUCCUCUUUGGUCUCGUCAGAUUCCAUAUACCAUGGCCAAGUUUUUCUGCUUUGAAAAGAUUGUCCAGCUUUUCUAUACGCAUGUGUUCACUGAACCCAAGGAAACAUACAACAAAGGAACCCAGCUGGGCAUUACAUUCGCAUCUGGAUACCUUGCUGGUGUCGUCUGUGCCGUCGUCUCUCACCCUGCGGACUCUCUUGUUUCACAGCUCGGCAAGGCUGCCAACAAGGGAAAAUCACUUGGACAGAUUGCCAAUGAGGUCGGAUUCGUCAAACUCGCUACACAGGGCCUGGGUACUCGUGUUAUUAUGAUCGGUACACUCACUGGCUUCCAAUGGUGGAUUUAUGAUUCCUUCAAGGCCUCCAUGGGCAUGGGUACCACUGGAGGAAAGUAA